AUUUUGUUUUAUACGAUAGACCAUAUUUUGAGUUUCACGUUAUUCAUUUGUCAUGACGUAUGGGCUAGCUCAAUAUAUAUAUAUAUACUGCAAUGAUCUGAGAGAUAUAUUGAACUUUCACUGAUAUUUUUCCAUGAACACGAAUACAUUUGGUUUGUAUUCUUGGGGAUUUUACCAAGAUAAUGUGGAUACCGACGGAGGAAGAAAAAAUUGGAGUUGUUAUCUCCAGUUUCCGAGGGACCGUGUCUCAGGGGCUGGUGCUGGAGAUCGGGGAGACUGUGCAGAUACUGGAGAAGAGUGAAGGCUGGUACAGAGGGUUUUCCACCAAGCGGCCUGCCAUUAAGGGCAUCUUCCCCGCAAGCUAUGUGUACCUGAAGAAGGCCGUAAUCACCAACAGGGGGCAGUACGAGACCGCUGUGCCCCUGGAGGACCCCAUCAUCACUGAGGUCACCUCCACUCUGCAGGAAUGGGCCGUCCUGUGGAAGCAGCUCUACGUGAAGCACAAGGUGGACCUCUUCUACAAGCUGCGUCAUGUGAUGACAGAGCUGAUCGACCUGCGCAGGCAGAUGCUGUCUGCGCAGCUGAUGCAGGAGCAGCUCCGCGAGGUCAAACGCCACAUCACCGUGCGGCUGGACUGGGGCAACGAGCACCUUGGGCUGGAUCUGGUUCCCAGGAAGGAGUAUGUGAUGGUGGAUCCAGAUCAGUUCAGCAUCUCAGACCUGUACAGGAUGCACCUGUCGAGCCGGCACAGUGUCCAGCAGAGCAUGUCACAGGGCGACAGUGGGAAACAGCGCCAUGGCGAUACGUGUCGUGGGUUGGUGUCGCACCACCUGUUCGUCAGCCUGAAGAGCUUCACCUACAACACCAUCGGCGAGGACACCGACAUCCUGAUCUGUCUCUACGACAACCGGGAGGCCAAGCCCAUCAGUGAGAAGUUCCUGGUGCGGCUGAACAAAAACGGCGCUCCAAAGAAUCCGGAGAGAGUGGAUCGACUGUGCGCUCUCUUCACGGAUCUGAGCAAUAAGGACUUGCGGAGGGAUCUCUACAUUCUGGCCCAUGUGGUGCGGACAGGGCGCAUGCUGCUGAACGACUCUAAGAAGGGCCCGGCUCAUGUGCAGUACCGCCGGCCGUAUGGCUGCGGAGUCCUGCCUCUCAGCGACGCCCUGCAGUCCCUCUCUGAGCUGAAAGAGGAGAAGGACUUUGUGCUCAAAGUGUACAGCUGUAACAAUGAGAAUGAGUGGCACCAGAUUCAUGAGAACAUCAUCCGCAAGUCCAGCACCAAAUACACAACCCCCAGCAGCAGCUACGGGCUGAUCGUGUCCCUGCAGCUCUUGCGGGGGGAGAUGGAUCAGGUUCGCAGGGAGAUUCCCGCCAUCUUUAACCGCGGCGUUGCCAUCGCCCGCAAACUGGGCUUCCCUGAUGUCAUCAUGCCAGGUGACACGCGGAAUGACCUGUAUUUGACCCUGGAGAGGGGGGAGUUUGAGAGGGGGGGGAAGAGCGUGCAGAAGAACAUUGAGGUGAUGCUGUAUGUGCUCUACGCUGACGGCGAGAGUCUCCGAGACUGCAUCAGUCUGGGCUGUGGGGAGGCCGGGGUGUGUGAGCAGCGCUCCUUGGUGCUGUACCACAGUAACAGCCCCCGCUGGAGCGAGACGCUGCGCCUCUCCAUCCCCAUCCAGCGCUUCCGCGGGUCCCACCUGCGCUUCGAGUUCCGUCACUGCUCCACUAAGGAUCGGGGGGAGAAGAAGUUGCUGGGGUUCGCCUUCACUCCUCUGAUGCGGGAGGAUGGAACCACCCUGUCAGACCAGACCCACGAGCUCUACGUAUACAAGUGUGAUGAGAACACCACCUUCAGUAACCACGCCCUGUACCUGGGCCUGCCCUGCUGCAAGGAGGACGCCAGCACCUGCUCCAGCGUCCCGGCCAGCCUGACCUUCCAGCGCAGCACCAAGGAAACGCUGUGGGUCUCCACCCAGCUGUCCUCCACCAAGCUCACCCAGAACGUGGACCUGCUGGCCCUGCUGAAGUGGAAGGCCCACCCUGACAGAGUGACGGACAUCCUGGGCCGCCUGCGGCACAUCAGUGGGGAGGAGAUCGUCAAGUUUCUGCAGGACAUCCUGGACACACUGUUCACCAUUCUGGAUGACAACACGGACAAAUACGGUCCCCUGGUCUUUCAGUCUUUGGUGUUCAUCAUUAACCUGCUCCGGGACAGCAGGUACUGCCACUUUCGCCCGGUCAUGGACACCUACAUCCAGAAGCACUUCGCUGGGGCUCUGGCAUACAGGGAGCUGAUUCGCUGUCUGAAGUGGUACAUGGACCGCUCUGCCGAGGUCGUCCGCCAGGACCACAUUCAGGAAGCGCUGAAGGCGCUGGUGUACCUGUUUAAGUUCAUAGUGCAGUCUCGGCUGCUGUACUCGAGGGCCACCUGUGGGCUGGAGGAGGAUCAGUUCCGCUCCAGUGUGCAGGAGCUGUUCCAGUCCGUGCGCUUCGUCCUCAGCCUGGACAGCCGCAGCUCUGAGACACUUGGGCUCACACAGGCGGCGCUGUUGAGCUCGUUCCCGGCGAUCUUUGACGAGCUGCUGCAGAUGUUUGCGGUGCAGGAGGUGGCGGAGUUUGUGCGGGGCACGCUGGGGAGCAUGCCCAGCACGGUGCACAUGGGCCAGUCUCUGGACCUGCUGAAGCUGCAGGCCAUCGGCCGCACUGUGGACAGCCGCCUGUUCUCCUUCCCCGAGUCGAGGCGGGUCCUCCUGCCCGUGGUGCUUCACCACAUACACCUGCACCUGCGCCAGCAGAGGGAGCUGCUGGUCUGCUCUGGGAUCCUGCACAGCAUCUUCUCCCUCAUCAAACACAGCGCAGAGGAGGUGUCCGUGCAGGAGGAGGUGGAGAUGAUGAUGGAGUCUCUGUUAGACGUGCUGCUGCAGACACUCCUGUCAAUCAUGAGCCGAUCACAGGCCCAGGAGGCGGGGCGGAGCCAGCGCUGCCCACAAUGCACUGCAGAGAUCACUGGGGAGUACGUGUCGUGCCUCCUCUCUCUGCUGCGGCAGAUGACUGAUGUGCACUUCCAGCACCUGCUCAACACCUUCCAGAGCGCUGAGGAGCUGAAGGACUUCCUGUUGAAGAUAUUCUGCGUGUUCCGUAACCUGAUGAAGCCCAACAUCUUCCCCAAGGACUGGAACGUGAUGCGCCUCCUCACCAGCCACAUCAUCGUGACCACCACCCAGCAGCUGUCCCCCGCUCUGCACAAGAACUUCACCGAGACCGACUUCGACUUCAAGGUGUGGAACUCCUUCUUCAGCCUGGCUGUGCUCUACAUCAACCAGCCCAGCCUGCAGCUAGAGGGGCUCUCCCCAGCCAAGAGAAACUCUGUGCUGGACAGGUAUGGGGACAUGAGGGUGCUGAUGGCCUAUGAGCUCUACAGCAUGUGGCAGAACCUCGGUGAGAACAAGGUGCACUUCAUCCCGGGGAUGAUCGGGCCGUUCCUGGGGGUGACGCUGGUGCCCCAGGGCGAGGUCCGGGACAUCAUGAUCCCCAUCUUCCACGACAUGAUGGACUGGGAGCAGGGCAAGAACGGGAACUUCAAACAGGUGGAGGCGGAGCUGGUUGAUAAGCUGGACAGUCUGGUGUCGGAGGGCAAAGGAGACGAGAGCUACAGAGAACUGUUCGGCCUGCUAACCCAGCUCUUCGGACCCUAUCCCAGCCUGCUGGAGAAGAUUGAGCAGGAGACGUGGAGGGAGACGGGCGUGUCCUUCGUCACCUCCGUCACACGACUCAUGGAGCGGCUGCUGGAUUACAGGGAUUCUCUGAAAGGAGAUGAGAUGGAGAGCAAGAAAAUCAGCUGCACUGUCAACCUGCUGAACUUCUACAAGUCGGAGAUCAACAAAGAGGAGAUGUACAUUCGACAUAUCCACAAGCUGUGUGACAUGCACCUGCAGGCGGAAAACUACACAGAGGCGGCCUGCACUCUGCUGCUGUACUGGGAGGUGCUGCAGUGGGAGGAGACGCCGCUCAGGGAGUUCCUGCAGUACCCCGCCCAGAGCGAGUGGCAGCGCAAAGAGGCCCUGAGCCGCAAAGUCAUCCACUACUUCAACAAGGGCAAGUGUUGGGAGUACGGGAUUCCUCUGUGCCGAGAGCUGGCCUUCCAGUAUGAGCUGCUCUACGACUACCAGAGCCUGAGCUGGAUACGGAAAAUGGAGGCUACCUACUAUGACAACAUUGUGCAGCAGCAGAGGCUGGAACCUGAGUUCUUCAGGGUGGGAUUUUACGGCAGGAAGUUCCCCUUCUUUCUCAGGAACAAGGAGUUUGUGUGUCGGGGACAUGAUUACGAGAGGCUUGAGGACUUCCAGCAAAGGAUGCUGGGAGAAUUCCCACAAGCCAUUGCCAUGCAGCAUGCAAACCAACCUGAUGACACGAUUUUACAGUGUGAUUCUCAGUAUCUGCAGAUGUACGCAGUGACUCCGGUGCCGGAGUUUGCUGAGGUUCUGAACGUGGACCGUGUUCCGGACCGAAUCAAGAGCUUCUACCGGGUCAACAACGUCCGGCGCUUCCGCUACGACCGGCCGUUCCACAAGGGCCCCAAGGACCGGGACAACGAGUUCAAGAGUCUGUGGAUCGAGAGGACCACGCUGAUCCUCUCACACCCGUUGCCUGGAAUCUCCCGCUGGUUCGAGGUGGAGAGACGAGAGCUGGUGGAGGUGAGCCCUCUGCAGAAUGCAGUGUCGGUGGUGGAGAAGAAGAAUCAGGAGCUGCGUUCUCUGAUCAGCCAGUACGACGGCCGGCAGCUCCACGGCAACAUCAACCUGCUCAGCAUGUGUCUGAACGGAGUCAUCGACGCUGCUGUCAAUGGGGGAGUGGCCCGAUACCACGAGGCUUUCUUCGAUAAGCAGUACAUCAGCAGCCACCCUGAGGACACAGAGAAGAUCGCGCAGCUCAGAGACCUCAUGCAGGAACAGGUCCAUGUUCUCGGUGUGGGAUUAGCUGUUCACGAGAAGCUGGUGCACCCGGAAAUGCGUCCCCUGCACAAGAAGCUGAUAGAUCAGUUCCAGAUGAUGAGGAGCAGUCUGUACCACGGGCUUCCUGGCCUGGAUAAGCUCAGCCCGGUGUGCUCUGGAGCCAGCACCCCCCGCGGCCUCCACUCCUCCCACAACCCCAUGAGCCCAGAGAGCCUAAAACUACUGCACCGACACAGCCCGUUGAAUCUGCAGGGGUCAGUUCGUCUCUCCUCCUCCUCUCUCUCCUCCUCCAGUGAGGCUGGAAACCUGCUCAUGCUGGCGGACAACAUGGGGGAGCCAGCCGAGGAUCUGUACCGCAUACAGCCAAGCCCCUCCUCCUCCAGCCUGAGCUCCGCCCACUCCACCCCGUCUCAGCUGAUGAGCUCCGCCCCAUCGAGUGGCAGAGGUUCCCCAUCCAUCCCGGACCGGUACAGACACUCCCGGGAGAUGGUCCUGCCCCCUCACAGAGACCGACCAAUCGGUGGCACUUACGCCUCCGUGACUGAGAACGGACAGAUGUCCAGUUAUCAGCGCCCCUUCCCACAGCAGGCCAUCAGUCCCUGCAAACCCUGCGGAGACUCCCCCCUGCCCCUGGGAGAGAGAGCAGUGUCCUCGGUUCCCAGUAGCUGGUCGGUGACUCUGGAGGGUGGGGGGGUGAGAGAGCCCCUCCCCCUGCUGCCCCACGGGGCCCCGCCCGUGCCCCCCCGCAGCCUGCCGCCAGGGCACUUCCUGAUGCACUACGAUGGUUUCCAGGCCAACGACUUCCCUCCUGCCCUCCCUGUCCGCUCCUUACGCAAGUCCCCCCUGCACCCCAUCCUUGCGUCUCCCACCAGCUCUCAGUCGGGCCUGGAUGGCAGUAGCUCCACGCUGUCGGGCAGCGGGAGCAGCGGAGUGUCCUCUCUGAGCGAGAGCCACUUCGGCCCGCCCCUGGAGCCGCCGGGCCCCGCCCACGACCCGCCCGACUCCGCCCCCACGCCCCCCUGGGCCGACAAGGAGGCGGAGUCGGGGUACCUGCGCGUGCGCUACGCGUGUGAGCCUGAGGGGGGGGACCCCGCCCGCCCCCCCGCCUGCCGCGGCCACCCCGCCCCCGCCCCGCAGGAGGGCCACGCCCACCACCACCACACGCCCUACUACUACCACCCCCCGCCGCCCCCCUCCGUGCCCCCCAAACCCCACCCCCGCGAGGGCGGGCCCCCCGAGGAGUGCAUGCGCCCCGCCCCCCGCUCCCUGCACAUCCCGCGCAAGAUCUCCCAGCAGCCCCUGCUCAGCUGCAAGGGGGACCCCAGAGUGGCCUGGGAGCACACGAUCAGUGAGGAGGAGUGAUCCCCACGCACAGCAGGCACUGUUCCCAUUGGCCAGUAGGCCCUCCUGCAGCCCUCCCAUUGGCCAGUAGGCUCUCCACUAUCUCUCCCAUUGGCCAGUAGGCCCUCCUGCAGCCCUCCCAUUGGCCAGUAGGCUCUCCACUAUCUCUCCCAUUGACCAGUAGGCCCUUCUACAGCCCUCCCAUUGGCCAGUAGGCUCUCAUCCAGCUCUCCCAUUGGCUGGAAGGCCCUCCUUUAGCUCUCCUAUUGGUCACUAGCCCCUCCUUUAGCUCUCCCAUUGGCCACUAGGCUCUCAUCCAGCUCUCCCAUUGGCCGUUGGCCCUCAUCCAGCACUCCCAUUGGCCAGUAGGCUCUCCUCCAGCUCUCCCAUUGGCCUUGUAUAAGCAUUGUGACGCAAGAGAAAUGUCAUUAAAAUGACAUAUUUAAAUAGGAUUUAAAUAGCUUUUAGUCCACAAAUGACAUCAGCACUUCUUUUUUUACACUCCAGUGUGUGUGUGAGUGCAUGUGCGUGUGCGUGUGUGUGUGUGUGUGCGUGCGUGCAGAUUUGUAGGGCUGUCUGUGGUGUGAUUGACACCUGUGGAGGAAACAGCCUUUUUUUUCUCUUUGUUUUUCUGUAUUUUUGUCCAGUUUGGGAUGCCGUAGUGCUCUGGGCUGAUGGAGGCAGUAAAUAUAAAUGUUUAUCCAGUGCCCUUGUUUACAUAUGAGCAUUCUGUUAGCUUCAGAAACCACAACGUUCAGAUCACUUUCUGCAGGAACAUAUCCUGCUUACCCAGAAUGCUUUGCCUGGGUGGGAUAAGAUGUUGUCCUCACAGGCUGUACACCAGAACAGAUUAUGUUGGUUUUUUAUACCGAUUAAUUUACACACUUUUAGCACUUAAUUCUGGAACACCAAAUAUUUAACUUGUCGAUGCCUAGCUUAUAAAUGAGAGAGGAAUACUGUGACGUAUCGGCGUUAGGGAAAUGAGGGUCCACACUGCAGUCUGCUUUAGCGUGGGUUUGAACACACUGUCCAUCGUUUGGUUUGUUACUCCACAAAACGAGCGAAGCUUGUCUAACUCCUCCUGUGUGAGUUUGAAGGGGCUGGAUCCCAGGCCAGCGGGGGCGCGGCUCUCCUGCCUCUCGGUGUGAGGUGCACUGGCCUGGUGAGCUCCGCACCGCUCCCUGUGUCUCCAGCCCUGGAGCUGGAGCUCGCCCCGCUCCGGGGGGUUCUGCUCGGUGUAACCGCCCCGCUCCGGGGGGUUCUGCUCGGUGUAACCGCCCCGCUCCAGGGGGGUUCUGCUCGGUGUAACCGCCCCGCUCCGGGGGGUUCUGCUCGGUGUAACCGCCCCGCUCCGGGGGGUUCUGCUCGGUGUAACCGCCCCGC